AUGAUAGAGCGGAUCCUAGCCGUCUUGGCAGAUUCCAUGGAGAUUCCGGCGGCUGCCGGUCAAUCGGUGCUCGGAACCAUCAAAAUCGCAGUGAUGCCAAUCGCCAAAGUGUUCACCAUGUGCUUCUUGGGCCUUCUCAUGGCCUCCAAGUACGUCAACAUCUUGCCUCCCUCUGGCCGCAAACUCUUGAAUGGGUUGGUCUUCUCGCUUUUGCUUCCCUGCUUGAUCUUUUCCCAGCUCGGACAAGCCGUCACGCUCCACAAAAUGCUCCAGUGGUGGUUCAUUCCCGUGAACGUCAUUCUUGGUACAAUCUCAGGGUCGUUAAUUGGUCUCCUUGUCGCCACCAUUAUUCGUCCGCCUUACCCUUAUUUCAAGUUCACAAUCAUACAGAUCGGAGUUGGUAACAUUGGCAAUGUGCCUCUUGUUUUACUUGCGGCUCUAUGUAGGGACACCAACAACCCUUUUGGUGACUCCGAAAAAUGUACCAUUGAUGGCACUGCUUAUAUCUCCUUUGGCCAAUGGGUUGGUGCCAUCAUCCUCUACACAUAUGUGUACCAGAUGUUUGCUCCUCCUCCAGAAGGGUUUGAUGCUGAAGAGGAAGAUCCUCCUUUGAAAAAUCUUCCAGAAGAUGUUGCUCCAGAGCAAGUCCCCUUGCUUACUCAAAAUUUCCCCAAGGAAAUUUCGCCUCCUCAAGUUCGCCUGCCUGUACAAAACCCCGAACCUAGAGGAAGAGGGGAUUCAAGGAAAAACAAGAUUGCACAGAUCUUUGUUUUCCUCUAUGAGAAGUUGAAACUGAAGCAAAUUGUCCAACCUGCAAUAGUUGCUUCGAUCCUUGCCAUGAUACUUGGUGCAAUACCAUUCACAAAGAAGUUGAUAUUCACAAAUGGUGCACCUCUUUUCUUCUUCACAGACAGCUGCAUGAUUCUUGGGGACGCCAUGAUACCGUGUAUUUUGCUGGCACUUGGGGGGAAUCUCAUAAACGGACCAGGAAGUUCAAAACUCGGUUUCAAGACAACAGCAGCAAUUAUAUUUGGACGGUUGGUGUUGGUGCCACCAGUAGGACUGGGAAUAGUGACAUUAGCAGACAAACUUGGGUUCCUUCCUGCUGAUGACAAGAUGUUCCGAUUUGUGUUACUCCUUCAGCACACAAUGCCUACGUCAGUGCUCUCAGGAGCUGUUGCCAACCUUCGAGGCUGUGGAAGGGAGUCGGCUGCUGUACUCUUCUGGGUUCACAUUUUCGCCAUCUUCUCGAUGGCUGGAUGGAUGGUUCUGUAUAUCAGCAUACUCUUCUAA